AGAAAACAUCCGAGUUGACCUGCCACCGCUAGCCACCGCCAAUCCCAAUCGAUCCCAGUUCGCUCCAACCCCCUCUCCAGGGCGUCCUCCCCCCGGUUUUUCCACUGCCCUGUCUAUCGCGCAAUUGCAAUAAUUCACACCCAUCAACAACUAGGGGCUGAGGAAGUGGAAGACUACUGUACUCCAACAAAUCAAUCACGAUGGCUUCCAAUCUCGAUACAUCGUCAUAUCUCAGUCCGAGCAUGAACGGAUCCGGAAUCAUGUCGUCCUCGCUCUCAUCGCUCUCGUCGUCCGUCUCCUCGGCGCGCCAUUCGUCCUCGUCCAACAUCUCCAAGGCCUACAGACAGGCCUCAACACUAUUCCUCACCCGUCGACUACCCGAAGCCCUGUCGACCGUUCUACCUCUAAUCACACCGUCUCCCUCCGAAUCCGCCACUCCCGGCGAUGUUGCUUCCGGCGCCGCUGCAUUCGACCCGGCACCUGUCGCCAAGGCGUCGCGAUCCACCAGGAUAAAGGUGUGGAGUCUGUACCUGACCAUCCUCAAUGCGAUUCUGGAGUUGAACUCGGACGAAGGCAAGGACGCCUUCGGCACGCAAGAGUGGAGGGCUCUCUGCCACAAGGUGCGCGAGGGCGAGGUUUGGGAGGAAGUCGUGCGCAAUGGAUACCAUGGGUCGGAGGGAGACGUGGAUGCGGAUGUGGUUAUCAACCUAGCCACCCUCCUCCUCGGCCACGCCAAAACCCAAACCCUCAACCAAAAGCGUCUAGAAAACUACCUAGCCGCCGCCCGCACCCCCAACCUCGAUCUGACCGACCGUCUCGGAGGAGGUCCCGCCGGCAGCGCUUCCUCCGCCUCUCUGGCCCGUCCAUCCUCCAAAUCUGGAGCGGCCGGACACGGCGCCGACACCCCGCGCGACCUCAACGCGCGCGUCAAGAUCCUCGAGCUGUACACUUUGCACGUACUCCCGCGCAAUGACGAGUGGGCGUGCGCGCGCGAGUUCAUCAACAUGAGCUCGGUCCUGGACGACGAGCGGAAAGAAGCCUUCAUCCAGGCGCUGGACUCGCUGAAGGAAGAACAGGUGGAAGCGGAGCGUAAGGCGCGCGAAAAAGAGGAUGCGAUUCGCAAGGAUAUCGAGAACGCGCGCAAGCUGAGGGCGGAGAACGAGGAGAAAGAAAAGAAAAGGUUGGAGGAGGAAAGGCAGAAGAGAGAGGCGGCGGCGGCAAGUACGGCUGUUAGUGUGGGGAGCGGACCGACGACGGAAGGGGAUUUUGGUGUUGAUGGUGGUUCCGCGGCUAAGGGGACGGGAACGGGGACGACGAAGAAACCGAGUUUGAAGAAGAAGGCUUCUUCGUUGAAGAAUGGGGGGGCUUCGUCGUCGUCGGCGUCUGCGAAACCGGGCAGGCCGUCGAGGAAGGGAGCGUCGUCACCGACUGCGACCAAGACGACGGGCUCUUCUUCGAGUGUGGUGGCCAGUCCUGGGAUGGGGACGAGGGCGACUUUGAUAUUGAACAAUAUCCGGUCGGUGCUGGAUCAGGUUAUGACAGCAUUCCAUGGGAACCCGUUCCUGCUGUACCGGACGUUGGCGUUUAUCAUUGGGUUCUUGCUAAUGUUCAGCAACAAGAGGGUGAGGGAGAGGAUCACGAGGGUGGUGCAGCAGGGGUGGGGGAAAGUGAGGGCUACGGCUGGAAUGGGGAUGAAGGUUAGUUACAUCUGAUCCAAGCCUUUUUGCUGUUUGGAUAUCAGUAUUGUUUGGGUGUUAGAAGGGGUGGAAUAUUCCUGCUCUGAUGAUAAUUAGCAUUGCGGCUGUUGGGGCAGCGGUUUUUGGCAUGCGAGAGUAUUGGUUUCAAGUCUAUCGUUAAUGGGUAAUGCAUCACGGAAAAUAGCUUAUUUCGUUUUCUGUUUAUAAUCAAGAGAGAUGACACAAACAUUGUAACCUGGUAUGUGAUACCAA